AUGUGGAAAGCAGCGACAGACGUGACGGCUCCAGCGCCGGCGGAGGCUGACGACUGGGAGACGGACCCUGACUUUGUUAACGAUGUGACUGAACAGGAGCAGAGAUGGGGUCCUGGUGGAAGACAUGUUGAGGCUAUUGAUAUGGCUAAAUUAAGAGAGGAAGUGUUCGAAGCAGACAAACAAGCAAAACAAAAGCAAUAUGAAGAAGGGCCAAAGUCGUCUUUUGGUUAUGGUGGUAAGUUUGGCGUACAGGCGGAUAGAAUGGAUAAGUCUGCCGUCGGACACGACUACGUCGGCAAAACUGAGAAGCACGUCUCGCAGAAAGAUUAUGCACAAGGUUUUGGGGGUAAAUUCGGUGUGCAGAAGGACAGGAUGGAUGCAAGUGCGGUGGGACACGAUUAUGUGGGCACUGUAGAGAAACACGCUUCCCAGUCUGACUAUGCGAAGGGUUUCGGUGGUAAAUAUGGUGUACAGACGGACAGAGUUGAUAAGAGCGCAGCCGGCUGGGAACAUAAGGAGCAAGUUGAGAAACAUCCAUCACAAAAAGACUAUUCAGUGGGUUUCGGAGGUAAAUUCGGUGUUCAGACAGACAGACAGGACGCGUCGGCCGCCGGCUGGGACCACCAUGAGACUGCACAAACACAUAAUUCGCAGAAAGAUUACGCGAUCGGCUUCGGCGGCAAGUUCGGCGUGCAGCGGGACCGGCAGGACGCGGCGGCGCUGGGCUGGGAGCACCGCGAGCGCGCGGCGCCGCACGCCAGCCAGCUGGACCACAAGAAGGGCUUCGGAGGUAAAUUCGGAAUAGAGACGGAUAGAGUGGACAAGUGCGCGCAUAGGUUCGACGAGGUUGAGAAAGUUGGCACCAACUACACCAAGCAGAGGCCAGACAUUGGCGGCGCCAAGCCCAGCUCCAUCAGAGCCAAGUUCGAGAACAUGGCCAAGGAGAAGGAACAGGAAGCAUUGCAAUCUGUACAAAGGAUACGGCAAGAGAGACAACAACUGGACAAAAGUUUAUCAGAGAAGGAAAAAGAACGUGUAGUGAAAGAUAAAGAUCAACCUGAACAACCGAAAGAAGAACCAGAAAGCACAAACACAAGCACGAACACAACGAACACAAAAGACACAAACGUGUCAGCUAAGGCAGAAGAGAAGGUAGAUAUCGUGCCGUCCACAGAGACCCAGCCUCCUCAAGAUGCGAAGGUCAAUCUACCUGAUGUCACUCUCGUGGGAGAACCAGAUGUUAAAGAAGAGAAAGAAGAAAUGAGCCGGCAGCCCACGAUCGUGGUGUCGCCGGUGGGCUGGGGCGGCGACGCGGCGGAGGGCGCGGAGGACGCGGAGGACGAGGACGGCUACACGGCGCGCGCGCUCUACGACUACCAGGCCAACGCGCCCGACGAGAUCUCCUUCGACCCCGACGACGUCAUCACCAACAUUGUCAUGAUCGACGAGGGCUGGUGGCAGGGACUGUGUAAGGGUGCAUACGGACUGUUCCCGGCAAACUAUGUACAACUUCAAGACAAA